AUGGAUGAAGAAAGAUGGACUUCGAAUCACACUUUGAUUGGUUCCUCUUCUGGAACGUCAAUUCCAGGAUAUUCUACCAAUGAAUUCUUUUUGCAAGAGCAGUCAGGAAUAGCUCAAGAAUUAGCAGACAUGUUUUCGUCUCACUGUCGAAAGAAAGAUCUUCCUUGUUUCGUAGUAAGAAAAAUGCUGAAACCCAGAGUGCCUCCUUCCAAACCGAUAAUCUACGACUCUAAGAGGCGUGAUAUGAGCAAGCAUCAGGAAGCAUACCCUGAGGGUGCUGAUCUUCAGCUCAAUUGCGAAGUUCACGGAGGUAAGCCAAGGCCGAAGCUGAUAUGGUACAUGCAGUCACAAAUUCUAAACUCUACGUAUGAAUUUAGAAAAAACUAUGGACCAAACGGGGAAGAUGUAACUAUUAAUCAAAUUAUUUUGAGGAACUUGAAGAGGAAUCAUCAUCAAGCAAGAUUAUCUUGCAAAGCCAGUAAUACACCUUUGGCAUCACCUUCUAUAACCACAGUUACUAUCGAGCUUUAUAUGAGGCCCUUGAGUGUGGAAAUCGAUGAAAAAGAAAAUUACGUGUCGGCCAAUAAGACAUAUGAAGUCUCAUGUAGAAGUAGAGGAUCAAGACCACCCGCUGUUCUUACGUGGUGGAGGGGUUCGAAGCAAUUAAAGCAUGCAACUAAGGAAUCUCAAAAUGACGGGAUGAGCACAAGCAUUCUAAAAUGGAUACCGAGUGUUGAAGAUGAGGGAAAAUACCUGGCUUGUCGGGCGGAAAAUCGGCACUUGCCAGAAGCUGCUAUCGAGGAUAAAUGGAAGCUGAAGGUUUACUUUUCUCCAAUCGUAACACUGAAAAUGGGGGCAUCAUUAAACCCUCAAACUAUCAAGGAACUGGAUGACGUACAUUUCGAGUGCAAUGUCCGAGCCAAUCCAAGAGCCUAUAAAAUUUCCUGGUUUCAUGAGGAUAAGGUGCUUCGUCAAAACAUUACUGCUGGCAUCAUCCCCUCCGACCAAACUUUACUACUUCAAGGUAUUACUCGAAAAGCUUCUGGAAAAUAUACUUGCCAAGCAACCAAUGCAGAAGGUCGCACCUACUCAAAUGCCAUUUAUUUGAGCGUUAUGUUCGCACCAAUUUGCAAACAAAUCAAAAGUAUCGGAAAUGAGAUAGAAGACAACGUCACACCAUCUUUAUUCAAAGUCCCCGAUAAGUUUUAUGGUACACAGAAGCACGAAACCAUCAGUUUAGUUUGCGAGGUCGAAGCCAAUCCAACCGAAGUCACCUUCCAUUGGACGUUUAAUAAUAGCGGUGAUCUAAAUGACAUCUCAUCUACGGAAUUUACAAGCGAUAGAACUGUCAGCAAACUGAACUAUACACCCGAGGCCGACAAGGAUUACGGUACCCUUGGUUGUUGGGCUAAGAAUGACCUUGGUUAUUCAAAGCAGCCAUGUUUGUACCAAAUCACUGCAGUAGACAGGCCUUUUCCACUGCAGAAUUGCUCUGCAUACAAUCACAGCAGAUCAUCGAUACGAAUAUCCUGCAUAGAAGGAUUUAACGGUGGUCUGCCACAAAAAUUCGUUGCAGUAUCGGGCAGUCAGCAAUGGGAGUCGGAUAAUCCGUAUUGGGAACUUGACUUGGGAAUUCAUAAGCCAGCAACGAUCGCCAUAUAUGCUGUAAACGGAAAGGGAUACAGUGAGCCUGUAAUCAUAGAUGAUAAUUCCUUUAAGGGAAUGGCUAAAUUCACAGGCAGUUCUACUGAAUUUUCGAUCGAUAUAUCACCCUUUUUAAUUGGUUUGGGUGGAACUGCCACGGGACUAGGAUUAAUUGUGAUUGGAGUGUUGAUGGCACUAUGGAGGCGACAUGCGACGACACCAUCGAAGCCAAAAUCUCCAAAGCAACCUGCGGCUAUGAUGAACUUUGUAGGGAAGAGUGAAGAGGAUGAGGGAAAUCCAGAUCUCAUUCCCACGACAGUUAUAACGAAUCAUCUUUCUGGUCAGACAUCCUUACAUGAAAUCAGUCGCACCAAUUUCUCAGAGUAUCCUUGUUGUAAAGGACUGAAUUCGGAGGAUUUCAUGAUAGCAGCUAGGUGAAGAAGUGAGGCAGGUUCUUCGACACGACACCGACAAUAGAAUUCUUCGUCUCCAGAUUCCCUAUAUUUACCUAAAAUGCCUGAAUGACGACAAAACGAUGUCAACGCCACAUUUUAUCUCGCAGCGAAAAAUAUUCCCGUGGAAGUAAACGUGAAAAUUUACGUGGAAAUCUGCGUGCAUCAAUUUUAUCAAUUGAAAAUUUAAGUGGUAUUUUGAUAUAAUCCACGUGAAU